CCUCGCACGACAGGGGGCUUAAAAUCAUAAGCUUCUAUGGAUGACCUACAGCGAAUUCACAGGUUACCUGAGACAGCGAAGAGACUGAAGCUUUUCUAUCGUAGUGAGUUUACCGUUACGGAUGACCGGUGCCAACAGUUGCCAUCAAAAUUCAAGGUUUUAACAGAUUUCGUACGUUAUCCGUGGGAUAACUCAGAUAGCAUCUUUACACGGGAACAGUAUUUGUGUAGUCACAUUCUUUACGUACAAGUGUUGGAUAAGGGGCCAGGAUCAUUCAGAGAGAUACCCAAGAGAUGAGGAUGAAGCGGAGGGCCUACAAAGGAUUUAUACAGCUUUGACGGAAGAAUGUUAGUCACGUGUAGUAUGGGGCAGAUGUUGUGGGUAGCCGCCAUAUUAAUAUGUAAAGUCCAUGCCGACUUUGACUGCCGUCGAUACGGAAUGAGCUGUAAUGGAGGAACGUGUACAGCUGGGAGCUCCGUGUGUACAGGGUGUGGUACUCUGUCCCCUCCCAGAGAAGGAUUCAACUGCGGCCUUGAGACAGAUCACGUGAAUUCUGCAGCCUGUAACAGGACGAAGUGCGAAAAUGGAGGAACAUGCUACACAGGGGCAGAUAACUCUACUUCCUGCUAUUGUCCAGAGGACUACUACGGACUCACGUGUUCGUACAGGCGAUAUGACGCAGAGAGCACUGCAACUAAGAUGAUCAUCAACAUCAACCCAUCCUCCAACUUCCUCGGCCUCAUCUACGUUUCCGGCUACCGAAACAUCCCUGACUGUCUGUUGGCUCGUGUUCCUGACCCCCCUGACCCAGCUGACGACGUCCCCGACCACUUGGAGGGAUACUACGGAGAUUUCGACCAUACAGGCGACGUAUGUGGGGACGCCUCAAAGAAUAGUACAACCGUAGUCCGCCAGGUGACCAUCCAGUUCAGAGACACCUACAUCACCGGCCUUGACCUUCAAGUGACGCUGACUAAUACCCUCAAUCUCAGUGGUGUCGACGUCGCUGCAACGUCCUUUUCCGUUGCUGCAGAUGAGUUUGUUCUGAAACGGCAAGUGGUAAGCAGUACCUUCAAUCCGGUUACCAUGGUAAUUACCACAGUUGAUGGAACUGUACUGGUGGACACACCCGUCUCAGUUGGCAUGGUGCUUGUGUUUACAUUCAGCGUCCCCCCCCAUCUGAGUUUGCAGCUUUGAGACUUGAGACAGCUGUCGUCACAAACGGCCCUCCGGAUACAGCCACAGAUGCUGUUACCUUGGUUACAGGAGGGUGUUUGGACACGACGGUGUUGUCGGUGUUGGAGGACGUUCCCGGCCCCCCUGACCCCGCCGUCAAGUCAACUAUCACUUUCCGAUUGAGAACUUUUAAGUUCGUCUCCAGCGACAGCAUUGCUCUCCGGUUUAUUGUUAAAGUCUGCAUCGUGGACGACGACUGUGAAAGUGUCCCGUGUCCUAGCAGUAGUCGACGGAGACGUUCUCUUGACCAAGACGAGGCCGAGCUGACCAGGGUGCUCACGAUAUUGGAUCCUCAGCCCAAUAGGUCAGGUCAUGGACCAUCGGAACAAGCGACAAAGAACGCCGGAAGUGACGUUUUCCUCAUAACUGUGACGUCAGAGGCCACGGUACUCAUUCUGUUUUCCGCGAUACUUGGGAUAAUAAUCAUGUGUUUCUGUCGCCGGAGGAAGUCCCGAGUACACCAACAGACACA